CGAACAUACAUAGCGCCACAAGAUGAGUUGCACGGACUCUAGAGUCUACAGCAAUUUGUGCUUCUGCAGGAAUAGAGAUCGUACAUAGCUGGUAAUCACUUUAGAUUAGCCGCCAGCUUGCCUCGAAUUUGUACCUAUCCCAUACAAGCUCCAUCUGUGCUUCUCGAAGCUCCAUUCGGUGUUACAGUUACACGGCACUACUUGAUGUUGCUGACCAAGGUGCCAAGAGCUCGACCGAGCGCGUAAAGGCACCCAAGCACCUCGUGUUUCCAAGGGUGCAGGUGAACUCCCGCGGCCGAUCAACACUCACCACCCUCACUCCUCCUCCGAAGAAGUGAAGCUCGAAGAGUUCGGGUUCAGUCGCCGCUUCUCGGACAUUUCAACACACGCAUACCACGACUCCGAUCGCAAUCAUGCUCAAAACCAAGCCCCUAACCCAACUGCUCUCGCAAUCCAUCAGUCCCAAUGUCUCGUCGGCACUACUCUUCACCCCUUCCGGCUCCCUCCUGGCAACCGGCACCUCCCCCGUCGCCCCCGACGCGAAGAAGGCGCGCACCAACGCCGCGCUAGCCGCCAACAUCUGGAGCACGUACUCCUCGACGACCGAAGACGACGACGGAUUGAAGACGCUCACCCUCGAGUUUGAGGAGUACAACAUGCAUAUAGCGCUUGUUGCGCCACGCGUGCUGCUGUGUCUAAUCGGGCCGACGAAGCCGAAUACGCCCCGGUACAGCAGCUCCAGGAGCAGUGCGCACAGCCAAGGGAGUGUCGGCGGGAAUGGAACACUGGGGAGUGCUGGGCCUUCAAGUGUUAAGGCGGGUGUUGGAGGUGGGUUGGGUCUGCUGAAGACGCAGGCACAAGCGUUGGUACAGUACCUCGAGAAGGAGCUGGGCGGGUAUGAGCUACCGGAAGGCCUUUGAAGACGUGCUUUCGUUUGGAGUUGAGGUGUGGGUUCUGUAAUAGCAUUCUGUUCUGAUGGGGGUCUCCUUUUUUUUGUGUUUAUCUGUCACGUAGACGGCUUUGUUAUUUGAUUCUGCUUCUUCUGUGCGGUGCGUCUAGACUUUGCUUUGCUGGCGAGUAAGGGUUCUGAACUGGUUUUAUGUUUUGCUUCAAAGCGGGCCGUCAGUGCCGGAUAGGCGAUCAAUCAAUCUUCUCGAAAUGCCG